CCAUGCCGACCACGUAAACAAAUAAAUCAAUCACUGUGAAAACGAUGCGAUAAUACGUUCUUAAAAAUUAGUUAUCGAUUAUUGGCCUACAGAAUUGCAUAUGAUAUUUAUACAUAUUCUUCUACAUCGAUAGACUGCCAUCAUUAGCAGAGUAUAAAAAUGACGGAAGGCCGUGGACGAUGUCCUCUCAGUUCUGAUUGACUAAUCAUCAAGACAGACUAUAAUGAGGUAGUUAGCGCAUUUUGUUAUCAAUAGUGACUUUUCGAAUUCUACUGUGUUUUUUUGUUGCCAGCGGACGAAGCACUAUUAUCUGAGCGUCUGUUUCCACGUAUAGGCCUAUAUUUUAUUAAUUUCGGUGGAUACAAAUGAGUAAAAUGGAUACAACAGAAACUGAGGAUAGGGAAGUAUCGCCGCCAACUCGAUACCACUUUACUAAUUAUUUUAUGGGCGAAAUUAGACCGCUGAAAAACUGGAUCAAAGACAAGAACAUCGUUCUGAAGUUCAUUAACGCAUGUUUUCGAGGUAUAGGUCAACCAGUUUUUUUAAAUAACCCGAUUAGCGGGUUUAUUGUGUUGGUGGCUUUGUUCGUACAGAGUCCAUGGCAGGCGAUAAACGCGUUACUUGGACUGUUGUCUGCACAAUUGUUGGCUAUGCUGAUGUCUCAAGAAAAAGGUGCUGUUGAAGAUGGGGGCUUUGCGUUCCAAGGACUUCUUAUAGGGUCUGUUAUCACAGCCGUGUCCGCAGAGGACAAUUGGUAUGGAUGGCUAAUUUUCCCUGUCAUUUUUUGCAGUGCAGGUAGUGUGUUCGUGUCAAGUGCAUUAAACAACUUGUUUGGUAAAAUCAACCUUCCAGCGUUUAACCUCUCGUUCAAUAUAGUGACGUUUUUGUUCGUAACGGCCACGAUGCACGGCAACGAUUUCUUUUCUCAACAACUGAUAGGAUCAACUGUUCCUUGGAACGCCAACGACAUUGACUGGGCAGAGGUAACGUGGUGCAUGUCGUAUAAUUCCCCUUCCUCAUUCGCUGCAUUUAAAAACCACAUGACUGUGGCAGUAGUGGUAGAAGGGGAAUAUUCGAUGUACAAUGUGGUUUUCUUUUGUGUUUCAGCUAUUUUUGCUGCCGUGACGGCAUUAGCAAUGUUCAAAUUCCUAGCAGUUUUAGGCCUUCCAAUGCUAGCAUUUUCGUUUUGCCUGAAUGCCAGUCUUUUCUUAUUGGUGACAUCAGAAGUCGAAUUACAUUUUGUGAAGAUACCGCUUGAUCAGGUCACGUGGCCAGAAGACAACUGGAAGAGAUACAACAAUCGAACAAACUCCGUAGGGUUACACAACUCAACUGAAUUAGCCUAAUUUAUUUUUUAGAACUUGUGAAUAUAUAAAACUGAAAUGUAAAUACUGUAUACUGUGUAUAUAUAUAUAUAUAUAUGAUGUAAUAUUAAGAUUAUUUUCAAAAUAACAAAGUGCAUAUUUUACCGGCUCGCACAUAUAUUUUACUUAUGGCUCACUAAAUAAUAAUGGAGUCACGGAGAUGUGUAAACAAAUCAUAUGCGUUUUACCGGCCAGUUGAAUUAUCCCUAUAGAAGCCCUAAUAAAAUAAUUUGUUUUCUCAUUGAUCAUAUUUGUUUGUUUCUUGUUUAUUCAGUAAAUUCACAUUACAUUAAAGAAACUGUACCAGAAUAAGCUAUAAAGCCACAGGGCUUAAUUCCAAUGCAGUCGUCGUGCAUUUAAAGAUUAAUAGGCCUAUAUAUAGCCUAUUUAAUGCUUCCUGUCCAACAUUCUAUGUUGUUAUAUUUGUUCUUAUUAUGUUUCUUGGCAAAAACAAGCUUUUAGAAUUCCCUUUACAAUAGAGAUAUGCCGAUAAGUAAACUUCAGGUUUUAAGUAAAGAUACGUCGAUUUAUAUUUAGUCAAAAAAAA